AUGGCGGACGUUGAGUACUUAAGAAGUCUCCUGAGAGCUCACCCUGACUUCCCCAGGAAGGGCAUCGUGUUUUUGGACAUCUUCCCGAUCCUCCGCAACCCGCUUGCCUUUGAGACGCUAAUUACGCAUUUUGUGCACCAUCUUACAUCCCAGACGAUCCCACAGUCGCCCUCCAAGAAGAUCGAUGUGGUAGUCGGUCUUGAUGCGCGCGGGUUCCUCUUGGGCCCAAUCAUCGCCAUGAGAUUGGGCGCCGCGUUCGUUCCCGUCAGGAAAAGGGGGAAGCUGCCCGGCGAAUGCGUUACCGCGACAUAUGAGAAAGAAUAUGGCUCGGACUCUUUCGAAAUGCAAGCCGACGCGAUUGAGCCUGGCCAAAAUGUGGUCGUCGUAGAUGAUCUCAUCGCUACUGGCGGAUCAGCGAAGGCAGCCGGUCAACUGGUCACUCAACGAGGAGGGAAGAUCCUUGAAUAUCUCUUUGUAAUUGAAUUGCCGUUCCUGAAAGGAGGGGAGCAACUCGAUUCACCAGUGUAUUCCCUAGUGAAGGCGGAUUGA